AUGCAUCUGCUCCCCAGAGAGGAGCAAAAGCUGUUGCUGACCCAAGUCGGCUUUCUUGCCCAGCGCCGUCUGGCCCGGGGCGUUCGACUGAACCUGUCAGAGGCGACGGCACUGAUAGGCGCAGUCUUGCAAGAGCUCAUCCGAGAUGGCGAGCACACCGUCGCUCAGCUCAUGUCGAAAGGCAAGCAGAUCCUCGGCCGACGACAUGUUCAGCCCGCCGUGCCGCAGCUCUUGCACGAGAUCCAAGUAGAGGGCACUUUCCCCGACGGCGUCUUCCUCGUCACUGUCCACGAACCCAUCUCUUCGCUCGACGGCGAUCUGUCCACUGCUCUCUAUGGCUCUUUCUUGCCUUUGCCCAAGCCAGAAGCGUUCAAGUUCGACGAGAGCGCGGACGCUCUUGUGCCCUUACCCGGAGAAGUAGUCGUAGCACGUAAGCAUGGACCCAUCAAGAUCAACGAGGGUCGCCAAAGGAUCAAGCUCAAAGUCACCAACAUGGGAGAUCGUCCCAUCCAGGUUGGCUCACACUAUCACUUUUGCGAGGUCAAUAAGGAGCUCUCUUUCGAUCGAGCGCAGAGCUUCUUCAGACGACUCGACAUUGCAGCCGGUACGGCAGUCCGUUUUGAGCCUGGCGAUAGCAAAACUAUCACUCUCGUGCCCAUCGCUGGCCAUCGCCGAAUUCGAGGCGGCUCGAACCUCGCCUCUCGUCUUGCCUUUGAUGCCUCCUCCGCAGAUCGCAAGACCUGCCUCGAUGCUCUUGUCCAGAAAGGUUUCCGCCAUGUGAGCGAGCCAACAGCCGACACGUUCAGCACGUCAACAGAGAUCAGUCGGGCCAUGUAUGCCGCCAUGUUCGGUCCCACAACGGGAGAUCGCAUUCGUCUCGCAGACUCAAAUCUCUGGAUCCAAGUCGAGAGCGAUCUCACUCACUACGGUGACGAAUGCAAGUUCGGAGGUGGCAAAAGCUUGCGAGAUGGGAUGGGUCAAGCUACGGGUCGAACAGAUGCAGAGACGCUCGACAGCGUCAUCACGAAUGCGCUCAUUGUUGAUCAUUCUGGCAUAUUCAAGGCAGAUGUCGGCAUCAAGAAAGGUCUCAUUGCUGGUAUUGGCAAGGCAGGCAAUCCCGAUGUUAUGCAUGGCGUUACGGACGGCAUGAUCGUAGGCAGCAACACCGAGGUCAUUGCAGGCGAGAAGCUCAUCCUUACAGCCGGCGCUAUCGAUUGUCAUGUCCAUUUCAUCGCGCUCGAUCUGUGGACAGAAGCCAUAGCCUCGGGAAUCACCACACUCAUUGGCGGCGGCACAGGUGGACCAUCUGCCGGAACGAACGCGACGACUUGCACACCAGGCAAGACACAUAUGCAGCACAUGCUUGCAGCCACUGAUGGCAUCCCAAUGAAUUUUGGCUUCACCGGCAAGGGCAAUGACAGCGGCUUACCCGGGUUAGAAGACAGUAUCAGAGCAGGUGCUGCGGGUUUGAAGCUGCACGAAGACUGGGGGUCAACGCCUGCUGCUAUUGACGCUUGUCUGACCGUUUGUGACAAGUACGACGUCCAGUGCAAUAUUCACACGGACACACUCAACGAAAGUGGCUAUGUCGAAGACACUCUCGCAGCUAUCGGCGGUCGCACGAUACACACAUACCAUUCCGAAGGCGCGGGCGGAGGUCAUGCGCCCGACAUCAUCGUUGUGUGUGGUCAUCCCAAUGUCUUGCCGUCGUCCACGAACCCAACACGACCCUAUGCACGCAACACGCUCGACGAGCAUCUUGACAUGCUCAUGGUCUGCCACCAUCUUGACAAGUCAAUCCCAGAAGAUAUCGCAUUUGCAGAAUCCCGCAUUAGAGCAGAGACUGUCGCCGCCGAAGACGUCUUGCAUGAUGAAGGAGCAAUCUCGAUUAUCAGUUCCGAUUCCAUGGCAAUGGGCCGCAUUGGCGAGGUCAUCUCUCGCACUUGGCGAACGGCAGCAAAGAUGAAAGAUCACCGGGGUGCGCUAUCGAGCGAUACGACCGAGAAUGACAACGAGCGGGUCAAGCGCUACGUCUCGAAGUAUACGAUCAAUCCAGCCAUCGUACACGGCAUUUCGCACGUUGUCGGAGACGUAGCUGUAGGCAAACUUGCGGAUCUCGUUCUAUGGUCACCUGCUAGCUUCGGCACUCGACCCGAAAUGGUCAUCAAAGGCGGCGUCAUCGCCUGGGCCAACGUGGGCGAUUCGAACGCUUCUAUACCGACAGUACAGCCAGUCAAAUCGCGACCUAUGUUCGGUGCGCAGCCCUCGGCAGCAGCCCUCAAUUCUCUCGUCUUCGUCUCGGCCAUCAGCAUAAUGGAGGGCACCAUCGCGCAGUACGGUCUGAGAAAGCGAGCGGAAGCGGUGAAGAAGUGUCGCGCUAUCUCGAAACGAGAUCUCAAGCACAAUGCAGCGCUGCCGAAGAUCACUGUCGAUCCAGAAACCUAUCGCGUCGAAGCAGACGGCGUUCACAUGAUCGUCAGUGCCGCAGAGACGCUCCCACUGACUCAAGGCUACUCUAUCUUCUGA